AUGGAGUCGCCUUUGGCUGCCUUGCUGUGGCGUUCUCUCCGCGUGUACCAGGUCUUCGGUGCGAAUACCGAGGUUGGCAAGACUGUCUUUACAACCUUGCUAUGCAAGAGCGCAAAGCGCAAUUGGAACCAGGAAAAUGUUUCUUUUCUGAAGCCAGUCUCGACAGGGCCAUUAAACGAGGCUGAUGAUCAUCAUAUAAAAACCUUUACCACUGGAAUCAAUCAUGACACAUUAAUCCAAUACGGCAUCCCCGUGAGCCCCCAUACUGCGGCUUUGGCUUCUGGCGAGCCAAUCCCUCCCGAUAGUCUAGUUUUGGCUAGAUGCCGCGACCACGCUGCAGAGCGCGCCAAGGCUGGCAAAGGCUGGCUCUUCAUGGAGACGGCUGGCGGUGUACACUCACCUGGUCCUUCCGGUACCACGCAAGCUGACCUGUACACGCCACUGCGACUGCCAGUCGUUCUUGUAGGCGACGCCAAACUGGGCGGAAUCUCGCAGACAAUUGCCUCGUUUGAAGCGCUGCGCAUCCGCGGAUACGACGUACAAUCAGUCAUGCUGUUUCAAGACAAAAAGUACCAAAAUUACCUCUAUCUGGCGGAAUAUUUCUCCCAAAAGUAUGACAUUCCUGUCCUGAGCUUACAAGAGCCGCCUGAGCGUCUACACGAUGAAGCUCGUGAUGUCGAAGCCAUGAAGGAGUACUACGAGCAGCGAACAGACGAAAACACUGUUGGCGCUGUACUUGAACACCUGGAUUUGAACCACACCAAGAGACUCGUCAGAUUGGAAUGCAUGGCUAGCAAGGCUCACGAGACCAUCUGGUACCCUUUUACCCAGCAUGAGCAUCUCCCUGCCAAGGACAUCAUGACGAUUGACUCUGCACACGGCGACUACUUUCAAACAUACAACAGCAAAUCCCCAGAGCACGGCGCACUCCAAGCUUCUUUCGACGGGUCUGCCUCGUGGUGGACGCAAGGCCUCGGCCACGCCAACCCGCAGCUGACAAUGGCCGCCGCGUACGCCGCCGGCCGAUACGGGCACGUCAUGUUUGCCGGCGCCAUUCACGAGCCGGCCCUGACAUUGGCCGAGACUCUUUUGCGCGGGACCGGCAACUCUCGACUGACCAGGGUAUUCUACUCCGACAAUGGCAGCACGGGGAUCGAGGUCGCCAUCAAGAUGGGACUGCGCGCCGCGCGGGUUCGCUAUGGCUGGGGCCCCAACGAGAAGCUCGGUGUCAUUGGGCUGAAAGGAGGCUACCACGGCGACACGAUUGGCGCCAUGGACUGCGCUGAGCCGUGCAUCUACAAUGAAAAUAUUGAAUGGUACCAAGGAAAGGGCUACUGGUUCGACUACCCGACCAUUCUCUGCAAAGACGGCAAAUGGCAAAUCAGCGCGCCCGACGGCAUGGAAAAGGAGCUUGGGCCGGCCCGGGACUUUGCGUCUCUUGAAGAAAUCUUUGAUGUGCAAGGACGAGAGAAGAACAAUGACCAUGAGAUUUACGAAAGCUUCAUUGUCGAAAAGCUGCACGCUCUGAGGGCGCAAGGGCGCAAGUUUGGUGCACUCAUCAUGGAGCCGAUUGUUCUCGGCGCCGGCGGCAUGGCAUUUGUCGAUCCCCUCUUUCAGAGGACUUUGGUCAAGGUGAUUCGAAACUCACCCCAUCUCUUUACCGACGAGCAGGGUGUGAUGAGCCCACGUACCGAAGCCAGCAAGCAAUGGAGCGGCCUUCCCAUUCUCUUUGACGAAGUCUUUACCGGCCUCUACCGACUCGGCCGCUUCACGCCCUCGACGUUUCUCGGUGUCGAGCCGGAUGUUUCCGUCAACGCCAAGCUGCUGACCGGUGGCCUCUUACCGCUGAGCACUACAAUGGCCUCGGAAGACUUGUUUGACGUCUUUCGAAGCCAGGAAAAGGUCGAUGCCCUCUUGCACGGCCACAGCUACACGGCCCACCCUAUUGGAUGCCAGGUCGGCAUCGAGUCUCUCAAGGCCAUGCAGCGGAUGGACAAGCGCGGCGACUGGGACUGGGCCAAGAGUCAGGGCUGGGUAAAGACCUCGCAGCAGUCAGCCUCUGCAGCGGCGCUGCCGUCGCUGGCCAACAAGACUCGGGGCCGUGGCGGCAAUGAAGUGUGGUCCGUCUGGCCUUUGGAUCUGGUCGAGAGCCUCUCGCGCAUGAGGACCCGCGUUGCCGGUGUCUGGGCGCUCGGCAGCGUGCUUGCCGUGCAUCUCAAGGACGAGGCCGGGACGGGGUACAGCAGCAACGCUGCUCUCGGACUGCGCGACGCUCUGGCGCAGGGCGAGGCGGGGGGCAGUAACGGGCCCUGGAACAUUCACUCGCGUGUGCUGGGUAAUGUGAUUUAUCUGAUGGCGAGCCAGACGACGACGCGCGAGGGCGUUGAACAGCUUGCCAAGCUACUGGUGAAUAAUCUGGAAUAG